GGGAAAAGGAGCAAACAAGGAAAGACCCAAAUCAUUUUUGGGAUAAGCUGAAGUUGCGAGCUGAACUGCCAAUGAAAAGACUGAACUGAACUGAAGACAUCAACCGAGGACCAAGACGAGGAAAUGUUUUAGGAGCAGCAGCUGCAGCAUUGCGAUAAGGGAAGACCCGCACUAACCCCACAUCAUUAACAUAAACAUCGGCCAGACGAAGUCGCAAUGUUUCUGCCAGUGAAAUCAAAUCAUUCCGGCGAGGCCAGCGGGAACAACGAGGAUGUCACCACCACCAGCAACAAUUCCACACAAACGCCCAGCGAUCUGAGCCCACCGGGACCCAAUGAAGAGGUCCUUCCCCAGGCGCAUCACCAGAAUCCAGGCCACUGCAUCGCCUCCUUCGCAGCCAUUAACCAGAUGAGGAACAAUGCGCAGCUCUGCGAUGUUCGCUUGGAGGUGGGCGGCGACACCAUCAACGCCCAUCGAGUGGUCCUGGCAUCCGUAUCGCCCUAUUUCUAUGCGAUGUUCAACGACGACAUGCUGGAGCGCACUCAGGGAUUGGUGCGCCUGCACGACGUGGACAGCUCGGCGCUGCGGCAGCUGAUCGAUUACACCUACACCGGCGAGAUCACGAUCACCGAGCAGAACGUCCAGGUGCUGCUGCCCGCCUCCGGGCUGCUCCAGAUGCACUCCGUGCGGGAUGCGUGCUGCAAGUUCCUGCUGCGCCAGCUGCAUCCCUCCAACUGCCUGGGCAUCCGCAGCUUCGCGGACGCCCACUCCUGCAAGGAGCUGCACACGCGAUCCCACAAGUACGCCCUGCAGAACUUCCAGCAGGUGGUGGGCACCGAGGAGUUCCUGCUGCUGCCCUUCGAGGAGGUUCGCGAGCUGAUCUCCAACAGCCAGCUGAACAUUAGUUCCGAGGAGCGCGUCUUCGCCGCCGUUAUUAACUGGGUGAAGCACGAUCUGGCCACCCGGAGACUGCACAUUGCCGAGCUGAUGUCCAAUGUCCGGCUGCCACUGGUCAGCCGGGACUUCCUCAUGAGCUGCGUGGAAACGGAGACGCUCAUGCGCGACGACUCCGAGUGCAAGGAGCUGCUGCUGGAGGCCAUGAAGUACCACCUGCUGCCCGAGCAGCGCAGCAUAAUGGGCAGUCAGAGGACCCAGGAGCGUCGACCGGAGGGAAUGAAGCCCUAUGUUUUCGCGGUCGGCGGAGGCAGCCUGUUCGCCAUCCACAACGAGUGCGAGGUGUACAAUCCGCGCUCCAACUCCUGGAGUCCAGUGGCGCCCAUGUUGUGGCGACGAUCCCGUUCGGGAGUAACGUCCCUGCACAAGCAACUCUAUGUGGUUGGGGGCUACGACGGCGUCAGCGAUCUGGCCACGGCGGAGAGCUACAAUCCGCUGACCAACAAGUGGAGCAACAUCACCCCCAUGGGCACGAAGCGCAGCUGCCUGGGCAUCUGCUCCUACGACGCCUUGAUCUACGUUUGCGGUGGCUACGAUGGCGCCUCCUGCCUGAGCAGCAUGGAGCGCUACGAUCCGCUUACUGGGAUUUGGAGCUCCUGUCCGGCGAUGAGCACGAGGCGAAGGUAUUGCCGGCUGGCCGUGCUGGAGAACUGCAUCUACAGCCUGGGCGGCUUCGAUUCCACCAACUACCAGUCGAGUGUGGAGCGGUUCGAUCCGAGGAUGGGUCGCUGGCAGCCGGUGCCCAGCAUGACGGCCCGCCGGAGCAGCUGUGGAGUGGCCUCCACGGAUGGACAUCUGUACUGCAUCGGCGGCAAUGAUGGCACCAUGUGCAUGUCCAGCGGAGAGCGGUUCAAUCUGCGCCGGAACAGCUGGGAACCCAUUGCAGCCAUGCACUCGCGAAGAUCCACCCAUGAAGUGGUCGAGGUGGAGGGCGCCCUGUUCGCCCUGGGCGGCAACGAUGGCAGCUCCUCGCUGAACUCCGUGGAGCGCUACGAUCCGCGGUUGAACAAGUGGAGCGUGGUCAACGCCAUGGUGGCCCGUCGCAGCUCCGUGGGCGCCGCUGUCCUGGACUGUUUCCAUCUGGAGCGCGGACUGGUGCAGACGACGAACUUAUGACCCUUGGCCAGCAUCACGGAGUCCUUCGCCGCAGCCACAGUGAGCGGCAGUAGCAGUGGAGCCGUA